AUGGCUGAUAAUCGAGGAAAAAUCGCUAUUGUUGGAAGGUUUGCUUCAUUUGUUUUUAGCUUAACAAUAAUUAAAUAAAAUUGAUAGUGGAUUAAUUGGUUCAAGUUGGGCAACAAUAUUUGCAAGUGCUGGAUAUCCUGUACAAUUAUAUGAUAUAAAAGAAGAACAGUUAGAAAUUGCACUGAAAAAUGUGAAACUCAAUUUAGAAUUGUUAGAUGUAAGAAAUAACAACUUGUGUCAUCUUCUAUCUCCAAAGUUUGUUUUUAGAAUAAUAAUUUGCGUCGAGGUGUUGGUCUUCCAGCUUCUGAAGCUAUUUCCAAUAUCACAACAACUAUAAAUCUCGAAGAAGCUUUGAAAGGAGCUAUUUAUGUUCAAGAAUCGGCUUUAGAGAGUUUAGAAUUUCGAUUGGAAUUUUAUAAAGAACUGGAUAAAUUUGUUGAACCAAAUGCAAUUUUGGCAAGUAGUACUUCGACAAUUCCUGCUUCAAAAUUCACAGAAAAUUUAAAAAAUAGGUUUACUACUUUUUUCUCUCACUGCAAAAUUAUCCAAUUUUUUCAGAGAGAAUUGUUUGAUAGUUCAUCCUGUGAAUCCUCCACUAUUUUGUCCAUUGACUGAACUUGUUCCGGCUCCAUGGACUAAACAAGAAAUUAUUGAUCGAGCUGCUGAAAUCAUGAAAUCAGUUGGACAACAACCUGUUAAAUUGAAAAAAGAAGCAAUUGGUUUCGUAGUGAAUCGGGUUCAAUUUGCUUUGUUAACCGAAGUUUAUAGAUUGGUUGCAGAUGAUGUAAUUAGUGUUGAUGAUAUCGAUUUAGUUAUGACAAGUGGAUUAGGAAUGAGAUAUGCAUUCCAUGGUCCAUUAGAAACUAUUCAUUUGAAUGCUUUUGGAGUUCGAGAUUAUUUGAGAAGAUAUCGAGAAGGAAUUAAAAAGGUUAACAACAAAAUAUAUUGUUUUGAAUUUUUUAUAUCAAUUUUUAUAGGUUGUGGACGAUUUUGGUCCAACACCCGAAUUCAACGAAUCCGAUGUUAUUGAUAAAUUGGAAAAAGCUCUCGACGCAAAAAUGCCAACUUCUGAUAUUCGAAAAUUCCAAGCUGAUCGCGAAUCAAAAUUAAUCGAACUUGCUAAACUCAAAAGACAAUUGGAACAAUAA